GCAAGCGCGGCCAGCGCAACGAUGGUCACCUCUCUCAACGCCGUCGAGCACCACUGAUAUUGCUAGUGGGGAUCCGAGGCGUAAAUCGACUUGACGGUGAUCGGCGUCUGGCGGCAAAUCGGAUCAACCGUCGGAGUCCGUCUCUCAUAGCAAGUUGAUACAAGCGUCCUUCAAAAUCGGAGACGCUUUGCAAACUUCCCCCAAAAUCGACGACGUUUUGCAAGCGUCGCUCGGAACGACACAGGGCGUCACUUAAAACGGCCCCAGAGUCUCGCCGGGGACCGCCUAGGAAGCGCUUGAUCAGCGUAUUUAAGGCCGCUGUCCGAGUCGAUCCCCGCAGGUUUACAGACCCACCGGCCCCAUCCCCACUACAGUUCCUUAGGUCGAGCACUCCGGGCACGCGUCGUGUCUAGAGGCCAGGAAUAGCUAUGGCUGCUGUUCCACGUCUCCGACUGCCAAACGAGCUCCUGCAUAUGGUCUGCUCCCUGGCCAGUCAGUCGGAUUUGCCUUCGCUUGCGCUAGCCGACAAGACCUGUAACGAGAUAUGCACACCUCUCCUCUACCGGACCAUCAACCUCUACGAAUACGACACGGCCCAGAAAUGCGUCAGGACCCUCGCCGCCGACCCAUCGGCACUCUUCCUCAAACGGAACCUGGCGUCUCUCGUUCGCACCUUCCUGCUUCAGAGCUCCUGCCACGAGGCUCUCCCUGGACAACCACAUCCCACUUUCGAUACGCUCCUUAUCGAAAGCGUCUCGCGCAUGUCAAACAUCCAGACCCUACGAUGCAUGGAAGCCAGAGACUGCUCAAUCCACAUCUGGGCGCAACUCCUCCUGAAGCCGCGCCCCGCACUCCGGUCUAUCGAGCUCUUGCUCAUCAUGUCGUCCAACUCGCCGCGGACCGCGCGAAUGGAGCAGCUCUUCCGCCAGAUCCUGAGCAGGCGCUUCCCCGUUCCCAGGCUCUCCGAACUCAAGUUGCACGUCCCUCUCGAGCUCACCCCAAGCAUGAUCGCCAUCUUCCGCGCCGUCAUCACGUGUUGCGCUGGGACUCUCCGCAGCCUCUCGGUCACGACGCUGAAAAGGGCCCUCUUCCAGCUCAUCGUUCCGCCGCUCUCCACGCUCCCAGCUCUCCAAUACCUCGAGAUUCAAGCCCAAGCGCUCCAGAUCCCCGAGUUCGGCCAUCUCUCCACAGUCCAGUCGCUCUGCGUCCGCCAAACGAUGUGGCGGAUGCGCGACGACUUCGUCGUCCCGCCUACGCACUGGCCCGCGCUCCGGGAACUCUCAUGCUUUCCCGACCUCGUAUCUGCGUUCCUCCCCCCAGAGGCGGAGACCCAGCGCCCCAUCUGCGCGCUCCGCCUGUCCGAUGCCGCCUACAAGCACAACGGCGGAGACUACUCGCCGGACAUGACGCCCUACUGGCGGGACAACCUGGACGCGGUCUCGUACGCGACGUACUCCACGAUGCCGCUCCUGCACUUCGCCUUUCAGGCCAAUAAGCUCAACAUCAAGCGCUUCGAGAAGCUGCUGCCGUACAUCCCCAGCAUCGAGAGCAUCGUGCUCAUCCUCACCUCGUCCCCGAAGCCCGCGGACGUGCUCGCGCUCGGGGACGCGGUCGUCACGCGCCUCCCGCGCCUGCACACGCUGCUGCUCUCCGACGCCGCGUACAAGUACGGCGGGCAGAACCACGCGUUCCGCUUCGCGCGCGACCUCGCGCUGCAGCGGCGCUGGCUCGCGGCGUUCGCGCGGUGCUCGUCGCGCCUCCGGCACGUCGCGUUCACGACGGAGUUCGAGUGGGAGAGGGGCGCGGACGGCGCGUGGUACCCGACGGAGCUGCCGAGGGACAGGCCGGUGGAUUUUGUGGAGAGCGAUGCGGACGAUAGCGAUGACAGCCUCGAGCCUGACGAGGAGGAGGAUGGAGAUAGCAUAGGCAGCAUCGAGGAGCAUGGGGCCGAUUUCCAGGAAGGGGACGAGGGCGAGGCUCCCGCUAACGAGAACUAGUCCCCUGGGUGUGUCCGCUCUACCAGUGCAGCUUCUCAUCUUGCGCCACAACGCCGGCGCCAGUAUUCUACACCAACCAUAAUGAGACCCGAUCGUGCUUCAACUUUUCAAAGCGAUACCCAAACCCCUACAAUCAUCCCAAUCUUACCUGCAACUAUCGCUCGCGCUUUUUACAUUCCCCAU